AUGCCCCCGGAUCUCAAUUCACUUCCUCCCUCCCGCUCCUCUUCCUCAUCGCCCUUCCAAACUCGCACCAUGCAAGCGUCUCUAGAAGAUGUUAGCUCCCAAUCGCCUCCUCCCCGCUCGUCUGUCUCCCUGCAGGCUGCGGCGACCAUCAACGCGGCGGAUCUCCUCCGUCAGUCGUCAAACAGAUCGCCACGCGAAAACAGAGCUGCAGAACGGCGACGCUCACUUGUGGCAAUGAAUUUGAAUCUCAAUGACCCCACUAUGCCUGGUCCUGGGGAGCUGCUCGGUGAUAAUCGCAAUUCGCGGAGAGGCUCUGUUCUGUAUAGCCCAUCGAGCUUAGUCGGAAGUCCUUCAACUGCAACUGGUGAUCCACACCACCAUCACCGGACGCCUUCACUGGGAGAGAUUCAUCAGGAGCUAGAAGAGGAACAGGAAGCCCAAGUGAACCGCCUUCUUUUGAUGAUCCGUAACCAGCAGGCUCAGAUACAACAGAUGCAGCAUCGGCAAAAUUCAGCUAAUGGCACCGCGGUCGAAGAUUCAACUCCAACUUCAGAACGGUCCGUAUUCUUUCCGCCACUACCGCCAGCGGCUUCUAGUCGUGACCGCAGACCUUCGCUCCAGUUUCCUCCUACCUAUUCACGGAGGCGAGAUUCUGACUCUACUGCCCCAAUACCAAUUGCACCACGACUCAGCAGCUUCCAAUCGGAUUACAACUUAUCUGCCCCAGAUACGCUUGGCCUAGGGAAUGACGGGUCCGGACGCCAAUGCAGUCGCGACGAGAGUGCAUACUAUCAAGCUGAGGCGGCGAACCUAACGCGUGAGAAUCAAAUGCUGCGUCAGAGGAUUAGGGAGCUAGAACGGCAAAUCAGCGAGUUAACAGCCUCCUCACCGUACGUGCCAAGCGAGCCGUCAAAUUUGACAACAUCCGCCUCUACCUCCACCUCCGCAGAGUCACUCAUAGUAACCCCAAGCAUAACAGAAAGUGAAGCGCCUUCCACUUCCCAAUCGCGCUCUCGAGAACGAGAAAAAGAAUGA